AUGAAAAGGAAAAAUAUUAAGGCGAUGAGAAGGGGAAAAAUAAAAAGAGGUGGGAAAAGGGAGGAGACUGUGGUUAAGGAGAAGGAGCCUGUGAUUAAUGAGAAGCCUGAGGUUGAGGUGAAACCGCCUGAGGUUGAGGUGAAAGAGCUUGAGGUUAAGGAGAAGGAAAAUGAGGUUAUGGACAUGGAGAAUAAGGAUGAUAACAAUGAGGUUGUCGAAAUGGAGAAUGAGGUUGAGGACAAUAAUGAUGAUGAGGGCAUGUUAUAA